GCGCAGGUGCCCAAGGCCGCCGAGCGGAGACUGGCACUGGCUGCUGACCGAGCUGAGUCGCCUGAGAGAGAGGGUCUCGCCUGCACCAUGUCUCCUCGUCUGGUCUCGGCAAUCUUGGUGAUGGUGGCAGUGGGAGCAGUGGCUUUCCCAUUCGCAGACCCUGACCCGGCCAAGCUGAGGCGAAUCCCCCGCAUCUACAACGCUCUGAUUACCUCUGAAGAACAACUGCUGCCGAGCCAGGCCUAUCCAGCGGUCGCCCCCGUUCUCCGACCCGCGGCCCUCACACCCUACGGACCCUACGGCCUCCCUCCCGUGCAGGAGCAGUACCAGCUGUACGCCCCCGACCCCUACAGUCCCCAGUCCUACAGUAGGCUCCCCGGGUUCAAUGAUACUUUGGUGGACCCCGACGCACCCCAAAAGUCCCCAGUCUGCACCAGUCUUCAGUUUACAACCUCAGCAGACGAUCCCUCAGAUUACGGAUCAAAUAAAGAAUAACCGGCCAAGUAACAGAGACAUCCCAGACGUGCCGCCUCCCCCUUUGCCCCUCAGCCCUCCCCGGGACAGGGACGACAAGACUCCAGAGAGGAAGCCAGAAGAGUACCCUCCGGCUCCUCCCCAGGGGCUACCCUUCUAGA